GUUUACCCCUUUCACUUUCAGUUCACUUUAACUGAGAUGGACAUGGAAUAAUCUCCACUGCGGCAAAGAAUGGCAUCCAGUCCUGAGCUUCCCGCUGAAGAUGAACAGGGUUCCUUGGGUAUUGAUGAUCUCCACAUUUCACUGCAAGCUGAACAGGAAGACACGCAGAAGAAAACUUUCACCUGCUGGAUAAAUACACAGUUGGCAAAGCACACUCCUCCCUCAGUUAUAUCAGACCUAUUCACAGACAUUAAAAAGGGGCAUGUCCUCCUGGACCUGUUGGAAGUACUCUCAGGACAACAGUUGCCUCGAGAUAAAGGAUCUAAUACAUUCCAGUGUAGAAGCAAUAUAGAACAUGCCUUGACAUUCCUUAAAAACCAGUCAAUCAAGCUAAUAAAUAUUCAUGUUACUGAUAUUGUAGAUGGAAACCCAUCCAUUAUUCUUGGCCUGAUUUGGACAAUUAUACUGCACUUUCAUAUUGAGGAGCUUGCCCGGGAUCUUUCUUGCAAUUACAAUCAAUCUUCCCAGGAUGAUGUGAGUGUGGCUGACUCAUCUCCUACCUCAAGUCCUCCAGCUAAGAAAUGCUCCAAAGCCCAAGCAAGAUGGCAGAUGUCUGCAAAGAAGGCCCUCCUCUUGUGGGCUCAGGAACAAUGUGCCACGUCUGAGUCUGUCAGUGUGACAGAUUUUAAGUCAAGCUGGAGAAAUGGGAUGGCUUUUUUGGCUGUCAUUCAUGCCCUGCGACCAGACCUAAUCGAUAUGAAGAGUGUAGCGCAGAGAUCCAACAAAGACAAUCUCAAAGAGGCCUUCCAAAUUGCAGAACGAGAAUUAAAAAUUCCCAAAUUGCUGGAACCAGAAGACGUGGACAUCGUUAAUCCUGAUGAGAAGUCAAUCAUGACAUACGUGGCACAGUUUCUGAAGUAUUCAAAGAAAGCACCUGAGACUGGAGAUAAGGCUCAGGGAAAGGUGAAAGAUGCUAUGAGCUGGCUAGCUCUGCAAGAGGAAAAACUACAGAAGUUGUUAAAGGAUUCAGAAAAUGAGACCUACUUUAAAAAGUAUCAUGGGCUGCUGUCCUUCAUGGAAUCAUUCAAUGAAGAAAAGAAGUCUUUCGUGGACAUCCUGUCAAAAGGGAAUCCGGAUGUGCUGGAUGAUGAUCAGUUACAGUUGAGAAAAGGCUGGGAUGGCCUCCACCACCAGGUGAACACAUGGAAAGCAGCGCUGGAUGGCGCCUUACCUGCACCCCUCCGUGAACUUGAAGGUUGGCUCCAGCAGGCAGAGCAGCUUGUGGCUGACGGGCUGCCAACUUCCCAGCUUUAUUCUGAAGCCAUGGCUCUGACGCAAGAGAAAAUGACUUUAUUCAAGGAUCUGAUGGGUAAAUCUGACUGUCACUUGAAUGCUCUGCUGACAUUUGAAAAUAGAGAUGAGAGAGAUUUGCCAUUGGUACCACCUAACAAACUGGAGGAGAUGAAAAGACGAAUCCACAACAUUUUGGAGAAAAAAUUGAUUCUACUUCUGGAGUUUCAUUACUAUAAGUGCUCAGUUCUUGACUUGCUAAAUGAAGUGAGAUCAAAAUUGGAUGUUUGGAACGUCAAAUAUGGGAACAAAGAAUCCGUGGAAUUACUGCUGGAAGACUGGCAUAAAUUUAUUGAAGAAAAUGAGUUCUUGGUUCAACUUGAAACAUCUUUUCAAAAGUGUGAAGAAAUUCAUAAGAAUUUGGCUGGAGAAUGUCAGGAAACUAGUGAACAAUAUAAGAUGCUGGAAUGUGAUAUUUGUGUGUGUAGGAAAAAUAUAGAUAAUGUGAAGUCCACUCUACAAAAAGUUCUGGCUUGUUGGACUACAUACGUGGAAAACCUUCGCUUACUAAAGGCUUGUUUUGAGGAGACAAAAAAGGAACAAAUUAAAGAGGUUCCCUUCGAGACACUAUCCCAAUGGAACGUGGAACAUAAUACCUUGAAUGAAGUGGGAAAUUUCUUAAUUGAGGUCAGCAGUGAUGAGGUCGGGUCAUCUAUUUCUAAAGAACUGAGAAGGCUAAAUAAAAGAUGGAGGAAGUUCAUUACAAAAACUCAACUUGAAAUGAAACUGCCAAUUAUUAAAAAACAGGACCAGACUAUUUUCGACAGUUCUGGAAAUAUUCUACUGUCUGAAGAAGAAAAGCCAACUGUUGCUGUUGCACCAGAUACGGCAAUAGAGCUUCCUGGAAAUCACACUGAGCAUAUAAAGAUUGGGGAAGAACAUGAAAAAGAAAAUGAAGAAUUCACAGGGCAACUGAAAAUGGCAGAAGAGGUUGAAAAGCUCAUUGAACAAGUGGAAAUCUGGGAGGCAGAAACCAAAUCUGUGUUGGAUCUUCUGAGACAUCAAGAUGAUGUGGAUGCCUCAGUGGAAGACACUUUGCAGCAUCUUAUUGCCAAAGGCUCUAUGUAUGAAGAACUUGUGGCUAGAACUGAAGACACUUUGCAAAUGGAUGUACAAAAUAUUUCAAGCCGGGACUCCCUCCAACAUGUUCUCAGAGCUGGGCUUCAGGCAAAAAUUGAAGAAGCUAAAGAGAAAGUCCAGAUCAAUGUGGUGAAACUUGUGUCAGCGAUGAACAACUCAACUGACGUUUCACCAACACUGGAUAUCAGGCUGCAGGUGGAGGAAGUACAGAAGGAGCUUGAAUCGUACAUCACAAGGGCUGAGCAGUUACUUGGGCAAAGAGAGGAUCCCAGUGGCCUCAUUUCAAAAUAUAAGGAAGCACUAAUAAUUUUCAAUUCUAAAAGUCUGACCAAGUAUUUGAAAGCCAUUGAAGAAUUGAAAAAUAAUGUAACUGAGGAGGUAAAGCUAUCUUUGGAAGGAAAGAGUAGAGAAGUCUGUGCCAAGUGGGAGUCUGUUCAUCAUGAGCUGUCUCUGUAUAUUCAACAACUGAAAAUAGAUAUUGAAAAAGGAAAGCUUAGUGACAAUAUUGCAAAACUUGAAAAGCAAAUAAAUAGAGAAAAGAAACUUAUUCGUAGAGGAAGGACCAAGGGUCUCAUCAAAGAACAUGAGGCUUGUUUUUCUGAGGAGGGCAGUCUGUACCAACUUGACCACCACAUGGCUGUCCUGAGGGAGCUGAGUGAGGAGCUGACUUCCCAGAAGAGUCAACAAGAAGUGAAGAGAACACUCAAGGAGUAUGAACAAAAGAUCGAGAGACUUCUGAGAAAUGCAUCUGAGAUUCGUGCGACCCUGCAGCCCACUAAGGGAGGUGUUUCAAAGAAUGGGGGGACCACGACCACCACUGAGAAUGGAGGAAGAGAGUCCCAUAAUGAAGUACCAUGUGCCAAAGCAAAUGACCAGUCACUAGCUGAAAAGGCAAUGGAACCAAUGAAGAAUUUAAGCCCAGAAUCAGGGUUAAAGCUUCAACAAGAUGAAAGCAUUAUGGAAGAGCAUGAAAAGGAUCACAGUGCCUCUAUAAAUAGUUUACUAGAGAGGUAUAAUACACACAGAGAAGCUCUUGAACUACACCUGCAAAACAGUGAAUUCAGCAUUACUUCUGAUUUUUCCAGUGAAAAAGACAGGGGUAGUGCUUGUCUGCAGGAUAAGCUGACAGAGCUACAGAGCUUAAAAAAUGAAACCAAUGCUUUUUGGAAAGAGUUUGAAACCACUUCACUGAAGUUAGAAAAUCUUGUGAGUGACCUGAAGAAGCCUGUUAUAGUUCAGGAAAGAGAAAGUUUGAAGGUAAAAGAAAGAGAGCUGCAGAUGACUCUUAAUACCAGAAUGGAGUCUCUAGAGAUCGCACUGCAGACUGUGUUACCUAUGGAGAAGGAAUUGCUCCAUCUCUGUGGCUCAGAGCUGCCUCUCCAUGAAAUGUCCAUCCAGGAAUUUCAUCUUACUGGGGCUGAUGAUAUUUAUCAAAAGCUAAGGACUCUCCAAGAUUCCAUAGCAAGGCAGAUUGAAAUAUGUAAUGAUUUAGGAGAGUCGGGCAAUGCUGUAUUAAAGGAAUUACACCCAUUUGAUCUACACGCAACACAGAAUAUUAUAUUGAAAUGCAAAACAGAGCUCGAAGAAGCGAACCGCAAGGUGCAGAUGAGUGAAGAUGCUCUCAAAGAUCUGGAAGAUUUUUUGGCUUCUGUAAGAACAGCUGAACUCUCUGUGGAGCUUGUUACAGACUUUGCAGCCUCAGAUAUACAGGUGGCGCCAGACAGUUCUUUGAUGAUAAAAAAUAAAGAGGCAGAAACUCAUCUAAUGGCCAAGGCCAGACGUUUGGAUGAACGUUUGAAGAUGCUUGGUUUAAGCUUUAGAUGUGUUGAAUGGGGUGAAGACACCUCCUGUGAAAAACUUCUUGAUGCUUUAUCCAUAAAGUCAUCUGAGCCCCAUGGCCACAGUGUACAGGAGGAAGUCACUGAGGAACACAAAUUACUGGAGGCUUGUAUUUUCAAAAAUAAUGAGCUCCUUAAAAAUAUUCAAGAUGUACAGAAUCAAAUGAGUAAAAUCGGUCUUAAGGAUGCUACUGUUCCUGCUGUAAAACACCGGAAACAAUUAUUAACCAGACUGGAUAAGGAUCUAGAUGACUAUGAAGAAGAAAAGAGACACUUACAGGGAAUGGCUGAUUCUCUUCCACAACUCCAAGAUGGCAGAGACCAAACUGUGAAUCAACAGUGUCAACAAACCAUACACCUGUGGGAGCAAACCAAAGCUUCAGUCAAUGAGUGUCUUGAACAAUGUGGAAGAGUCUUGGAGCUCUUGAAACAAUAUCAUAAUUUUAAAAAUGUCUUGACAAAUUUGAUUCAAAAAGAAGAGAAUGUCAUCUCCCUUCAGGCUUCGUACAUGGGGAAGGAGAACCUGAAGAAAAGAAUAGCAGAGAUUGAAAUUGUUAAAGAAGAAUUUAGUGAACACUUAGAAGUUGUAGACAAGAUAAACCAGAUCUGCAAAAAUCUACAAUUUCAUCUAAAUAAAAUGAAAACCUUUGAAGAGCCCCCUUUUGAAAAAGAGGCUAAUAUUAUUGUGGAUAGGUGGCUUGAUAUCAAUGAGAAGGCAGAAGACUACUAUGAAAAUCUUGGUCGAGCUCUAGCUUUAUGGGACAAACUUUUUCACUCAAAAAGUGCUAUUGAAGAGUGGACUGAAAAAUCUAUUCAGAAAAUAGAAUUACAUCAGCUUUCUGCAGAGGACAGAGAAAGGCUGAAGGAAGACUUACAAAUCUAUGAACAAAAGUCUUCAGAAUUUUCCAGAAGAGUGGCCGAAAUACAGUUUCUGCUUCAAAGCAAUGAAAUACCUCUUGAACUGCAGGUCAUGGAGUCCUCUAUUUUGAACAAGAUGGAACACAUGAAAAUGUAUUUAACAGGAGAAUCCACUUGCCAUGCCCUCGGCGGCAGCACAGCUGAGCUGAGGGAAGAUCUCGACCAAGCCAAGACUCAGAUUGGGAUGACUGAGUCCCUCUUAAAAGCCCUGUCUCCUUCCGACAGCUUGGAGAUCUUCACUAAACUAGAGGAGAUACAACAGCAAAUUCUGCAACAGAAGCACAGUAUGAUAUUACUUGAGAAUCAAAUAGGUUGUCUGACUCCUGAACUCUCUGAACUGAAAAAGCAAUAUGAAAGUGUCAGUGAUUUAUUUAAUACCAAAAAGAGUGUCUUGCAAGAUCACUUUUCUAAGUUACUGAAUGAUCAAUGUAAGAACUUUAAUGACUGGUUCAGCAACAUUAAUAUGAACCUUAAGGAGUGUUUUGAAUCAUCAGAAACAAAAAAGAGUGUGGAACAAAAGCUACAGAAACUUUCUGAUUUCUUGACCCUUGAAGGAAGAAGCAGUAAAAUACAGCAGGUGGACACAGUACUGAGUCAUGUGAAGAAACAUCUGCCUAAAGCCCGUGUUAAAGAGCUUAAUAGUUGGCUCGUGAGUCAAGAAUUUGAAUUGGAAAACAUGGAGUCUGUAUGCCAGGUACGAGCAAAGGAGCUUGAUGACCACCUGCAGCAACUGCUGAGACUCCAAGAUGAGCAAAGAAACCUGAGUAAGUGGUUGGCGAAUCAAGAAGAGAAAUGGAAAGGAGUGGAAGAGUCAGGAGAGAAAGCUGAGCUGUUCUGCCAAGCGUUAGCGAGAAAGAGGGAACAAUUUGAAUCUGUGGUCCAGUUGAACAACUCUUUGAAGGAACACGGGUUUACUGAAAAAGAAGAAGUAAUAAUGGAAUCGGCACAUUUGAUUACUAGAUACCAAACGCUAUUGAGACAAUUACAUGAAAUUGAGGAAGAAGACAAGUUACCAACCGCCGAGGACCAGAACUUUAAUGAUCUUGCCCAGGAUGUCAUUCAUUGGAUAAAAGAGAUUAAAGAGUCCCUCAUGGUUUUGAAUUCAUCUGAAGGCAAAAUGCCACUUGAGGAAAGAAUCCAAAAAAUAAAGGAAAUCAUUUUACUAAAGCCUGAAGGGGACGCCAAAAUACAGACCAUCAUGAAGCAGGCUGAGAGCAGCGAGGCCCCGUUGGCGCAUGAAGCCGUUGCUGACAUCAGCAGCCAGUGGGACAACACACUCCAGUUAGCGCACACGUAUCUCAGCCAUCAAGAAAUGCUUCUACUCGAAGGUGAGAAGUAUUUGCAAAGUAAGGAGGAUCUAAGAUUAGUGCUCACAGAAUUAAAGAAGAAACAAGAAGCAGGCUUUGCUCUGCAGCACGGACUGCAGGAGAAGAAGGCUCAGUUAAAAAUUUAUAAGAAAUUCCUCCAGAAAGCACAAGAUUUGACAUCUUUGCUAAAGGAGUUAAAAUCUCAAGGAAAUUACCUGCUGGAGUGCACUAAAAAUCCCAACUUCAGUGAAGAGCCUUGGUUGGAAAUAAAGCAUCUACACGAAAGUCUUCUUCAACAGCUACAGGAUUCUGUGCAAAAAUUGGAAGGUCACGUUCAAGAACACCACUCAUAUCAGGUUUGCGUCACAGACCUGAAUACCACAUUGGACAAUUUCGCCAAGGAAUUUGUCAGCUUUUUUGAUGAUCCUGUGCAUCAAAUAGCAGUUGAGGAAAAAUUGCAGAAACUACAGGAACUAGAGCAUAGACUCAGUUUACAAGAUGGCACAUUAAAGAAGGUUUCAGCUUUAGCAAAAUCCAUCAAGCAAAAUACAUCUUCAACGGGACAGACGAUUAUUAAGGAUGAUAUAAAAUCGCUUAAGUGUAAACAAAAAGAUUUGGAAAACAGACUUGAAUCUGCUAAGCGGGAGACAGAACAUUGUCUCAACAGCAUUCUCAAAUCAAAAUGCUUAACAGAAAAAGAAAAGUUUCCUCGGCCAGGCAGAGAGAAGCAGGCCACUUCUGAUGUACAGGAGUCUACUCAGGACCCAGCUGCAGCGGAAAUGUUGGAGGCAGACUGGGGGAUAAACGAGAACUCAGCUGUGGAAAUGGUUUUGUCAAAACAACGUUCUCUUGAUGUUCAAGAAAGCAUGAAAAACACUAAGGAUGAGCAGAAAGUCAAUGAGCUACAAAAUCAACCUUUAGAAUUAGAUAUUAUGUUAAGAAAUGAACAAUUGAAAGAGAUGGAGGAUUUAUAUACCCAGUUGAAUGCAAAGAAAACAUCCAUUGAACCACUGGAACAAAGUGAAUGUCUUAACACAACAGAAACAAGUCCCUUGGUUCUCCACAAUACAAGAUACUCAGAGCACCAACUGGAUAGUCUGCUUCAGGCACUUACUACUUUGAAGAAAAAUAAAGAAAGUCAGUACCACCGUCUUGAAGAUUUUCAGGAAUCCCUCUCUGCAGCUGAAUACUCGAUGAAAGCCUUGUUGACUGAAAAGGAAAGUCUGAAAGUGGGACCACUGGAAAGUACAACCUAUCUGGACAAAAUUGAAAAAUUUCUGGCAUCAGUAGAAAAAGAGAAAGUUUCUUUAAGCAAGUUGAAAAUCGAAUGGGAAACUUUAUCAAACCAUUUGACGGCCAUGGAUAAGAAGUUGUUAGAAAGCCAGAUUAAGCAACUUGAACUUGGUUGGGAACAGAUAGAACAACUGGUUCAAAAGAAGCAUUCUCAGCAGAUACUGAAAUACGAUGAAUUUACAUCCCUCAUGAGUAAGAUCCAAGACAUUGACAUUUCUCUCCAGCAACUGCAGACGUGUCUACAAUCAAGUCUGAACUCUCCAGAAGAACAGGAGGGGAGCCAAAGCUUGAUUGCCUUGACUACUGAACUCCAGGUUGUCAGGAACAGAUUUUUUGUUUUAAAGGGGCAAGCUGAACUUCAGAUGAAGAGGAUUUGGGGAGAAAAAGAGAAGAAGAUUUUGGAAGAUGCAAUAAAUACUUUACAGAAACAGUUGGAAGCAUUAGAGCCCUUAAACCUACAGGCAGAAAAUGAGAUUAAGAAGUGUAAUGUAAGGAAUGAGAUAAAAGAGGCUAUCUUAUGGGUCAAGAAUCUAGCAGAGGAACUCACUGCCCCCAUUUCCCUUCUCCCAGAUGACAUUCUUUCACAGAUCAGAAAAUGCAAGGUGACGCAUGAUGGCAUCCUGGAGAAGCAGCAGGCCCUGGACUCACUGGUUAAAGAGAUCAAAGGUAACAUUCCUAACCUGACAGCAUACGAGAGCCAUGAUUUAAAUGACAUCCUGGAGGACUUACAGAAUCAAUACCAAAUACUAGUGUUAAAAUCAACUCAAAGAUCACAGCAAUUAGAAUUUAAAUUAGAAGAAAGAAGUAAACUUUUUGCAGUAAUAGCGAAGGUUCAACUUACACUUCAAGGAAAUGAAACACUGCUAAUUCCGAAAAUGGACACCACCUCCACAGAGGCUGCACUAGAACAUCACCAUGCUGUUUUAAAGACAUCUCAGAACAAAUUGCAGGAAAUCGAGAGUGUCGUCUCCACACAUCUUCAGGAACUAACAGACAUUGGUAAGGAUCUGAAUGUGUUUGAAAGACUCUUUCUGAACGACCAAUUGGAGAGUCUUAAGACCAGAGCCAACAGAACACGAAGAUUCAUUCAGAAUAAAUGUAGCGAAGUAGAACAUAAGGUAAAUUUUUGCAGAGAAUUCCGCGAAAAAACUUCUGUGCUUCAGAAGGAAGUUGACAAUUUACAGCACAAUGAACUCCUCCAUAACCAAGAAAUAAAUCAAGAGGUUAGAGAGGAAUUCUGUAAUCUUAAAGACAGAUUCACUGGUAUUCAAUCUAGCAUCUUACAAAUUUUGAAACUGAAAGAAGUGUUUGACUGUAUAGGACUAAACUGGGAUUAUUCACAUCUUGAUCAGUUAUACACGCAAGUAUUUGAAAAAGAAAAGGACUUGGAAGAAAAAAUUAAGCAGUUGGACACAUUCAUGACAGAAUAUAGCAAAUAUCAGGCAUCACUAAGUAAAAUGAGGGCCAGAGAUUUAGAGAUGAAGAAGAGGGCUGAAGCAGUCCUAAACGCUCCCGAUGCUUCACCAGAAAGCAGAAUACUCGAGGCUCAACUUUUGAAUCAGAGGAUCGAAAAAGCCAGGCGCUUCUACGAUGAGAUAAUAAAAACAUUAAGUGAAAAUAAAGCCUUUGAUGACUCCUUCAAAGAGAAAGAAAUGCUGCAAAUAAAGCUGAACAUGAAAGAAUGUGAUAAAUUACACCAGGCUUUCCAAACCAUGAUACUGGAAUUCCAGCCUAAAGAAAUGGUCGAAAAUUUUCAUGACAAACUAGAAAAUGUUUUACAUUCUUUAAAUGAGAUAAAAUCUGAGUUACAGCAGCCUUUUCUUAUAGAUUUGGAAAUUAAACACGUUCAAAUGGAAAAGGACAAGUGUGAAAUGUUUCAAGAACAAAUUCAGGCAGAAAUGUACAAUAUUAAGACUGUAACUGCUAUUAAGAGAAAAAGAGAAGAAAACGCCCCUGAAACUGGUGAUGCAGAAACUAAGUUACGUGACAUUGAAGACCUUCAAAUGCAGCUUAGCACAAGCAUCGAUUUGCGCAUCAAUGUUCUGGAUGAUGCUUAUGAAAAUCUAACACACUAUAAGGAAGCAGUCGCCAGGGCGGUGGAGACCAUCACUUCCCUUGAAGCCAUCAUCGCAUCCCAUAGUGUAGACCUUGAUAAUCCGGAAGAAUCACUAGAGAUGACUCAUGGGAAACAAGAGGAAUUGGAAUCUACAAUAACACAUAUCCAGGACCUCACCGAGAAAUUGGGAGCUGUGUCCAGCCCCAAAGCCAAACAGCAACUUCAGUGUACUUUACGGGACCUCGUUUCUAAGAACUCAGCCUUGAAGGAGGCGGCCACAGCAGAGAGAGCCGAGGUGGAAAGGUGUCUGGAGAAUUACAAAUGCUAUAGAAAAAUUAGAGAGAAGAUUUGCACUGACCUCAGCAAAAUGGAGACGGCUCUCAGGCAGUCGCUGUCUCCGUUGCCAGUGUCUUAUAAAGAAGCUUUGGAGCGCUUGGAACAGAGCAAGGCCACGGUGUCAAAUCUUUUAUCAACCAGAGAAGAGUUCGGGAAGCUACGACAAGUCCUCAGGUGCUUGCAGUCCAGGUGCACAGCGAAUGAUGGCCUGUGUGUGCUCAGAACCGGCUCAGCUCUGUGGGAGAGAUGGCUGCAUUUGCAGGAAGCUGCCAAGGAGUGGGAGAUGUGGUGUGAAGAACUAAAGCAGGAGUGGAAAUUUGUCAGCGAAGAGCUUGAACGAGAAGCAAUUAUUUUAGAUAAUCUUCCAGAAGAAUUGCCUGAAAUUUCCAAAACCAAAGAGGCAGCCACCACAAAGGAGCUUUCGGAGCUGCUAGACUGUUUAUGCCAAUGUGAAGAGAAUGUGGAGAAACAGCAAUUGUUACUAACCCUGCUGCUUCAGCGCAUAAAAAGUAUCCAGAAUGUUCCUGAAGGCUUAGGUGCCCUGGAGGCUGUUCCGGCAUUUCAAGAGAUUAUAUCUAUGCAAGAACGAUGCAACAAGCUUUUACAGAAAACUCAAACAAAUAAGGAAUUGGUGCAGACUGAAAUGCAAGAAAGACAUUCCUUUAUAAAAGAAAUAACUGCUUCGAAGAAUUUAUUUCAACAGAGCACAACUUCUUUCCAAAAUAUGUCAUUACAGGACCACCCAGAAAAGACCGGGCAGUUUGAGGAGCUUCAGAGCAUUCUUAAGAAAGGGAAGCUAACUUUUGAGCACAUUAUGAAAAAACUGCGAAUCAAGUAUUCUGAAAUGUACACCAUAGUCCCUGCAGAGAUUGAAUCCCAGGUGGAAGAAUGCAGAAAAGCUUUAGAAGACUUAGAUGAGAAGAUUAGCAAUGAAGUCUUGAGAAGCUCACCAUCAUAUGCAAUGAGUAGAAAGAUAGAAGAAAAUAACAAUGGGCUUCAAAAUAUUGAAAAAAUGUUGCAGCAGAAAAGCAAAAAUAUUGAGAAAGCUCAAGAAAUUCAAAAGAAAAUGUGGGAUGAACUGGAUCUCUGGCAUUCCAAGCUAAAUGAGCUGGAUUCUGAGGUUCAGGACAUUGUUGAACAGGACCCAGGGCAGGCUCAAGAAUGGAUGGAUAACUUGAUGAUUCCUUUCCAGCAGUAUCAGCAAGUAUCACAGAGGGCAGAAUCCAGAACCUCACAGUUAAAUAAGGCCACAAUUAAAAUGGAGGAAUGCAGUGACCUUCUGAAGAGCACAGAGGCUUGGAUAGAAAAUACCAGUCGUUUAUUGGCCAAUCCUGCUGACUAUGACUCCUCAAAGACAUUGAGCCACCAUGCUAGUACCCUCCAGAUGGCUUUGGAAGAUUCAGAACAGAAGCACAAUCUCUUACAUUCAGUCUUCACGGAUCUGGAAGACCUGUCAAUAAUUUUUGAAACAGAUGAUUUGACACAAUCCAUACAAGAGUUAAGUAAUCAAGUAACAGCUUUACAACAAAAAAUAAUGGAAACCCUUCCACAGGUUCAGCGAAUGGCUGAUGAUGUUGUUGCUAUUGAAUCGGAAGUAAAAUUAGUGGAGAAAAGAGUUUCAAAAAUCAAAGCCAUCCUCUUAUCAAAAGAAAUAUUUGAUUUUUCACCUGAAGAGCACCUUAAGCAUGGGGAGGUCAUACUUGAAAAUAUUCGUCCCAUGAAGAAAACAAUUGCUGAGAUCAUGUCUUACCAAGUGGAGCUGAGGCUACCCCAGACAGGAGUGAAACCUCUGCCUGUGUUUCAGCGGACAGACCAGCUUUUACGAGAAUUAAAACUAAUGGAGAAUGUAACUCAAGAGCAAAAUGAGUUAGUAAAGGUGGUCAUAAAACAAGCUAAUGAAUGCGAUGAAGAAAUAGAAAAAUUUAAACAGAUCUUAGAUAACUAUUCAGCCGAGUGCUCCCUUGAACAUAUGUCACCAGACCAAGCUGCCAACCUGCUGCAAGUACAGGGAGAAAUCGGAGAAAUGGAACAGCAGAUUCUGAGUUUGAACCAGAAAAAAGAAGACCUGUUAGUGGAGUUGAAGGCCGCUGUACUAAACCUCCACCAGCAUCUGAAGCAAGAUCCACAAGAAGGAGAAGGAGAUACUCCGUCAGCCAUGGCAUCGGAGGAGGGUGGGAUGGCAGAGAGGGAUGCUUCUGAGUGGAAGUCGAACAGAACAGGCUCCAUGUCUUUCCUGCCUGCAGUGGAGGAAGAAGCGGAAGAAAGCUCCAUGAAGAGUGAAAAUGGAGACAAGAAAACAGAGGUGUCCUUUGAGUCUUGGUCUUCACUCUGGAAGCAUGACAGGGACAUGGAAGAAGACAGAGCAUCCUCGUCCUCUGGGACGAUUGUUCAGGAGGCAGCCAGGAAAAUAAGCGUCUGUGAUGGUUCCACGACACAGAUCCUUGCAUUAGACCCAUUAAGGGUUGAACAAGGCCCAGAGUUUUCCUUGAGGCCCAACCAAACAGAAGAGGGUGCCACACCUCCUAUCAAGGCUGCAGCUCCAGACUUUUCUGACAAGCAAGGAGCUUUGGAAACCAGGGUGGAGAAAGCGAGGUCCGAGCCUGCAGAAGUCCUCCAUGUCUGCAAAACCCAGAUCGCCGAGCUGGAGCUGUGGCUGCAACAAGCCAACGUGGCAUUUGAGCCGGAAACAUUAAACUCAGACAUGCAGCAGGUGGUGGAACAGCAGCUGGUAGGGUGCCAGGCUACGCUGACAGAGAUUGAACACAAGGUUGCCUCUCUGUUAGAGAAUUGGGAAGUCCAUGGCCUGGGAGAUAAUGGAGCCACCCAGCAUGAGGUAGAAGCACUUGCCUUAAAACUAAAAUCUGUGAAGUGCGAUUUGGAAAAAGUUCAGAGAAUGCUUCAGGAGAGGUACAGUGAGAACCAGCAUCCCACCAUUCAAAAGCAACCUUCAGAGCCUCAUAAAGCCCUCCCUCUGGUUAGCCUUGCUGAAUUGGAAUCUAUUGUCACAGAAAGGCCACAGUUCAGCAGACAAAAGGAUUUCCAGCAACAGGUCCUGGAGUUAAAACCAAUGGAACAGAAAGAUUUAGUCAAAUUCAUAGAGUUUAAUGCUAAAAAAAUGUGGGCCCAGGAUUGCCAGCAUGAUAGAGCCACAACUCAAGAAUCCUCUGCGAGCAAUGAGGCGUCUAGCCCUGAACCCGACACCCCGUGCCUCGGCCAGACUGGGGAUAAAUGGCAGUACCUCCAUCAUGAGCUGUCAUCCAAGAUCAGCCUACCUCCACCUCCGCUGGUGGAGCCUCAGGUUACCACAAACAUGAGUAUUCUGCCUAGUGUGAGUGCGUAUAACUUUAGAUACCCAACAAGUGAAGAACUACAAGCCUAUACCACCCAACUGGAAGACCUACGCCAAGAAGCAAGUAAUCUUCACACCGAGGAAAACAUGACGGAAGAAACAUACACGGAUUUGGAUAAAAGAUUAUUUGAACUAUUUCUGACCCUCAGUCAGUGUCUCGGGAGUGUGGAGGAGAUGCUGCAGGCACCUGGGCUUUUCCCGCAGGCUGUGUCUGCCCAGCAGGUGCACUACGAGACACUGGCUCUGGAGUUGAAAAAACUUUACUUAGCUAUGAAUGACAAGAAGGAGGAUAUUUUGAAAGCCAUGAGUUGGUCCAGCAAGAACACCAACUUGCUCCUUGACUGUUUUGACAAACUUCACGUCUGCCUGGAGCACACCCAGGCCACAGCUGCCUCUAGAAGCAGAUCCCUGAAAGCAGGCCUUGACUAUCACCGCAGUUAUCAGAAUGAAAUAAAGCGAUUAUAUGAUCAACUCAUUAAGAAUAAGACAUCUUUACAGCAAUCUUUGAAUGAAAUUAGUGGCCAGAGUAUUGGUGAACAGCUUCAGAAAGCAGAUGAGUUUACAGUGGAGCUGCAGAAUUCUGAGAGCCGAGUGGUUAAACUAAGGGAUGAAGGGGAGAAGCUUCAUUUACCUUACGUUUUACUCCAGGAGGUUUACAAAUUAGAGGAUGUGCUUGACAGUAUGUGGGGAAUCCUGCGAGCCAGGUGCACAGAACUCAGCAGCCCUUCCAUCACGGAGAGCCAGCAGGAUGCCUUGCUACAAGGCAUGGUGGAGCUAGUGAAGAUUGGAAAGGAAAAGCUUGCUCGUGACCACUUGCAACACACCAAAAGUCAAGAUGCCUUACGGGCUCAGAUACAAAAUCACAAGGUUUUUUUCCAGAAGCUUGUUGCUGAUAUGUUAUUGAUUCAAACUUACUCCACCAAAAUGUUUCCUUCUUUAUUGCAAAAGAGAGAGGCAUUCUGGGCAGAGCAAGUAAAAGAAGUUAAAUUACUGGAAGAAAAGUCCCUUCAGCAUGGCAUGAAGCUGCAGAAUUUGUUGCAGAAAUGGGAAGAAUUUGAUGAAAACUAUGCAUCUCUUGAAAAGGAUCUGGAAACUCUCUUAUCUACAUUGCCCUCUGUGAGUUUGGUGGAAGAGACCGAGGAAAGAUUAGUGGAAAGGAUUUCGUUUUACCAGCAAAUAAAAAGCAACAUUGAUGGGAAGCAUGCCCGGCUCUACCAAACUCUGAACGAAGGCAAACAGCUGACGGCGUCUGUGAGCUGCCCUGAACUGGAGAGCCAGAUCGCCAAGCUGGAAGAGCAGUGGUUGUCCCUGAACAAGAAGAUCGACCAUGAGCUGCACAGGCUGCACACGCUGCUCAAGUAUCUGCUCAGUUUUAACAGAGAUUCAGAUGAGUUAACCAAGUGGUUGGAGUCUUCUCAGCAAACUCUGAAUUACUGGAAAGAACAGUCUCUCAACGUGUCUCAGGACCUGGACACAAUCAGAAGCAACAUAAACACAUUUUUUGAGUUUUCAAAGGAAGUUGAUGAAAAGUCCUCCUUGAAGACUGCAGUUAUAAGUACUGGGAACCAACUCCUUCACCUGAAAGAAGCAGACACCGCCACGCUGAGAGCUUCAUUAGCACAGUUUGAGCAAAAAUGGACGUUGCUCAUAACUCAGCUUCCAGAUAUUCAAGAAAAACUUCACCAGCUUCAGAUGGAGAAAUUACCAUCUCGUAAAGCAAUCACGGAAAUGAUUAGCUGGAUGAACAAUGUGGAACAUCAGACUGCUGAUGGAGACUCUGUGCAGGCCCCAAGUUCUGCAGCCCAAGUUAAAAAUCUUCUUCAGAAGUACAAGGAAUUUCGAAUGGAAAUGGACUACAAACAGUGGGUAGUUGACUUUGUUAACCAGUCGUUGCUUCAGUUAAGCACCGGUGAUGUAGAAAGCAAGCGGUACGAAAGAACGGAGUUUGCAGAGCACUUGGGGGAGAUGAACCGCCAGUGGCACCGAGUGCACGGAACACUGAAUAGGAAGAUACAACAUUUAGAACAACUUUUGGAAAGUAUCGCAGAGAAUGAAAACAAAAUCCAGACUUUGAGCAACUGGAUGGAGGCACAAGAAGAGAGACUGAAAACUCUACAAAAGCCUGAAAGUGGGGUCUCCAUCCAGAAGCUGCUCCUAGACUGUCAGGAUAUAGAGAAUCAACUUGCAAUGAAAUCCAAAGCACUGGAUGAGUUGAGACAAAGUUCCCUGACAUUGGAGAGUGGGGCGAUGCCAGUGUUAGAAGACACAGUAUCUGGAAUUGAUGGGUUACUUCAGAAGCAAAGCAGUGUCACCCAUCAGGUCAAUCAGCUUAAAACCUCCAUGCAGUCAGUUUUACAAGAGUGGAAGAUCUAUGAUAGACUCUAUGAAGAAGUAAACAUGAUGACAAUCCGAUUUUGGUACUGCAUGGAACACAGCAAGCCUGCGGUGUUAUCAUUGGCGGCCUUGAGCAGCCAGGUGCAGAACCUCCAGUCUCUUCAAGAUGAAGCUGAGAGCAGUGAAGGGAGUUGGGGAAAACUCCAGGAGGUCAUUGGCAAACUCAAGAGUUUCUGCCCUUCAGUUGCUGAAAUAAUCCAAGAGAAAUGCCAGGAUACUCAUACAAGGUGGGCCCAGGUGAACCAGGCCAUUGCAGACCAGCUGCAGCAGGCACAGAGUCUGCUCCAGCUCUGGAAGACCUACACCAGUACUCAUGCUGAGGCUGCAGCAAGGCUGGGGCAGCAGGAAGCAAAGUUUCAGCAGCUCGCAAACAUCAACCUAUCUGGAAACAACCUGGCAGAGAUCCUGCCCCUUGCCCUGAAGGACAUACAGGAGCUUCAGCGUGAUGUGCAGAAGACAAAAGAGGCCUUCCUCCAGAAUUCCGUGCCCCUGGAUCGACUCCCUCAGCCUGCAGAGUCCAGCGCCCACAUGCUCCUUUCUAGUCAACAGCACUCCCUCCAGAAGGCAGCUUAUUUGGAAAAGAUGCUGCUUGCGAAAGCUCACGAAUUUGAGUUUGUUCUGUCACAAUGUAAGGAAUUGGAGGACCAGCUGGAAUCUCUAAAAAGUCUUAUUAUGCAAGAAGAGGAGAAUUUGAAUAAACUCUACCAGCAAGAAAAAGAAAAUCCUGACUUAUUCCUGAAUCAUGUGCUGGCACUGACCGCCCUGUCACCUAAUGUUGAGCAUCUGAAUGAAGUGAGCCUCAAGCUCCCACUUAGUGACAUGGCUGUGAAGACAUUGCAAGCUGUGAACCGGCAGUGGAUCCGGGCCACAGCGACGGCACUGGAGCGCUGCAGUGAGCUUCAGGGAACCGGAUUGAACGAAAAGUUUAUUGACUGCUGUGAAAGGUGGGUCCAGCUUUUGGAGAAGAUUGAAGAGACGCUCCAAGUGAAUAAUGCUGACAACCUCCCAGCUCUCCUGGAACAGCAGAAAACAUAUGAGAUGUUAGAAGCCGAAGUUUCUGUAAACCAGACAGUUGCUGAUGCUUAUGUUACCCAGUCCUUACACCUCCUGGACACAGCAGAACUAGAGAAGAGGCCGGAAUUUGUUUUGGAAUUCUCGAAGCUGGUGGAGCAGUGGCAGGGUGCUGCCCGGCGUGUUCGGCAAAGGAAGCGUGACGUCGAUGGGUUGGUGAGGCAAUGGCAGUAUUUCACUACCUCCGUGGAGGACUUACUUCACUUCCUCACUGACACCAGCCAUCUGCUGUCUGCAGUGAGGUGCCAGGACUGCUACAGCCUCCACCAAACCAGAAGUCUGACCCAUGAGCUGAAGAAUAAAGAAAUUCAUUUUCAGAGAUGGAAAACUACUUAUACAUUAACCUUGGAAGCAGGGGAGAAGUUACUGAGCACAACUAACCCGGAAACUAAAGAGUCAAUUAAUAAGAGAAUCGGUCAACUCCAGGACAACUGGAAGGACACAGAACUCCAACUAGUAGAGAUGAUUAAGCAGUUCCAGAGCUCUGCAGAGACCUGGGACCAGUGUGAAAAGAAAAUUAAGGAGUUGAAAGGCAGGCUGCAAGUUUUAAAGGCACGAAGUCAAGAUCCUCUUCCAGAACUUCAUGAGGACCUUCAUAGAGAAAAAGAGCUGAUUAAGGAGCUGGAAAAGUCUUUGGCUAACUGGACUCAGAACUUGAAAGAACUUGAAACUAUGAAGACUGACUUAACCCGGCACGUUCUUGGAGAAGACGUGAUGGUUUUGCAGGAGCAAAUAGAGCACUUGCACAGACAAUGGGAGGAUCUCUGCUUAAGAGUGGCUAUACGCAAACAGGAGAUUGAGGACAGACUCAAUUCGUGGAUUGUGUUCAAUGAAAAAAAUAAAGAGCUGUGUGCAUGGCUGGUGCAGAUGGAAAACAAAGUUCUACAGACAGCGGAUAUUAGUAUUGAAGAAAUGAUUGAAAAGUUACAGAAGGACUGCAUGGAAGAAAUAAACUUGUUCAGUGAAAACAAGUUACAGUUAAAGCAAAUGGGUGACCAGUUGAUGAAGGCCAGCAACAAGACUAGAGCAGCCGAGAUCGAUGACAAGCUCAACAAAAUUAAUGACCGUUGGCAACAUCUUUUUGAUGUCAUUGGAUCAAGGGUGAAGAAGCUGAAGGAGACCUUUGCUUUUAUUCAGCAGUUGGACAAAAACAUGAGCAACCUUCGCACCUGGUUGGCUCGAAUCGAGUCUGAGCUCUCUAAGCCAGUUGUCUAUGACGUCUGUGAUGAUCAAGAGAUCCAGAAGAGGCUGGCCGAGCAGCAGGACCUGCAGCGAGAUAUCGAACAGCACAGUGCUGGGGUGGAGUCUGUGUUUAACAUCUGCGACGUCCUGUUGCACGACUCAGAUGCCUGUGCCAACGAGACCGAGUGUGACUCCAUCCAGCAGACCACCAGAAGCCUGGACAGACGCUGGAGGAACAUCUGUGCCAUGUCCAUGGAGCGGCGCAUGAAAAUUGAGGAGACCUGGCGCCUGUGGCAGAAGUUUCUAGAUGAUUAUUCCCGCUUUGAAGACUGGCUCAAGUCAGCUGAGAGGACGGCAGCCUGCCCCAAUUCCUCAGAGGUGUUGUACACAAAUGCCAAGGAGGAGCUGAAGCGAUUUGAGGCCUUUCAGCGGCAGAUCCACGAGUGGCUCACCCAGCUGGAGCUCAUCAACAAGCAGUACCGGCGGCUGGCCCGGGAGAACCGCACGGACACAGCCAGCAAGCUGAAGCAGAUGGUCCACGAGGGCAACCAGCGCUGGGACACCCUCCAGAGCCGGGUCACGGCCGUCCUGCGGAGACUCAGACAUUUUACCAACCAGAGGGAAGAAUUUGAAGGGACCAGGGAGAGCAUUCUGGUCUGGCUCACAGAGAUGGACCUGCAGCUGACCAAUGUGGAGCACUUCUCAGAGAGUGACGCUGAUGACAAGAUGCGCCAGUUGAACGGCUUCCAACAAGAAAUUACGUUAAAUACCAACAAGAUCGAUCAGCUCAUCGUGUUUGGGGAGCAGCUAAUUCAGAAGAGCGAGCCCCUGGAUGCUGUGCUGAUUGAAGACGAGCUGGAGGAGCUCCACCGGUACUGCCAGGAAGUGUUCGGCAGGGUCUCCCGGUUCCACCGGCGGCUCACCUCCCAUGCUCCGGGCCUGGAAGAUGAAAAGGAGGCCUCUGAGAACGAAACAGAUAUGGAAGAUGCCAGAGAGAUCCAGACCGACUCCUGGCGUAAAAGAGGAGCAAGCGAGGAGCCCUCCUCUCCUCCAUCACUUUGUCAGCUGGUGGCCACAGGGCAGGAGCGGUCUGGCUGUGAGACCCCUGUCAGUGUGGACUCCAUCCCUCUGGAGUGGGAUCACACAGGUGACGUGGGGGGCUCCUCCUCUCACGAAGAAGAUGAGGAGGGCCCAUACUACAGUGCCCUGUCAGAUGUAGAAAUCCCUGAAAAUCCUGAGGCAUAUCUUAAAAUGACCACACAAACUUUGAGAGCGUCUUCUGGUAAAUCCAUUUCUGAUGGCCACUCGUGGCAUGUUCCUGACAGCCCUUCCUGUCCCAAGCAUCACUUCAAACAAGUGGAAGGCGAUAGGCAUGCACUUCCUAUCCCCUCGGAUUCCAGCACCCCUUAUAAACCGGCCUAUGUAAAGCUGUUAUCAAGCGCUGAUGGUGGCCAAGACAGCCCAAGAGCCUUGCAUGGCAGCCCACAACAGGAAGAAGAGAGACUGGCCCAAAUAAAGGGACAGCAGCCAGGUUCUUUUGACAGAUGGGAGCUUCACAAGAAACUCAGGAUAAAACAAAACUUGCAGCAGCUGAAUUCUGAUAUCAACACCAUCUCUGCUUGGCUGACAAAAACUGAAGCAGAGCUGGAGACGUUAAAGGUGGCAGAGGCUCCCUCUGAUGUCCGGGAAAUGGCCGUCAGGGUGAAGAGACUGCAGGAGCUAUUAAAAGCCUUUGACAGCUACAAGGCCUUAGUGGUCUCUGUCAACGUGCGCAGCAAGGAACUUCUGCAGACUGAGAGCGCCGAACCCUCCGAGCUCCACGGCAGACUGUGCCAGCUGACCCUGCACUGGGAGGCGGCCUGGGCCGCGGUGGACAGCUGGAGAGAGGGCUUGCGGCAGUCGCUUAUGCAGUGCCAGGACUUCCACCAGUUGAGUCAAAAUCUGCUCCUCUGGUUGGCAAGUGUCGAGAACCGGAGGCAGAAGGCUCAUGUCGCCAACCCCAAGGCAGAUCCCCAGGUUCUCCUGGAGUGGCAGGAAGAACUAAUGCAACUGAAAAAGGAACUACUAGAACGUCAGCCUCAAGUAAACUCCUUACAGGAGAUUUCAAACCAUCUUCUUACUAAGGAGCAUGGAGAAGACUACAUUGAGGCUGAAGAAAAGGUCCAUGUUAUUGAGAAGAAACACAAACAGUUACUUGAGCAAGUGUCCCAAGAUUUAAUGUCUUUCCAGGGAAGUCAGAAUGUACAUCCGUCUCUGCUGGGCUUCGAUGAGGUUGUCUCUGGGGACCAGCCUCCAUCAACAUCUGUGCCAGCCACCCAAACCAAGUUCCGAGCAGCAAGAACAACGAAAGGCGAGAACGAGACCAACAGCAGGGCACCUGGCCCCGGCAGCUCUCGGCCACAGCGCUCCUUCCUGUCCCGGGUGAUCAGGGCAGCGCUGCCCCUGCAGCUGCUUCUCCUGCUACUGCUGCUCCUGGCCUGCCUGCUGCCUUCCUCCGAAGAGGACUACAGCUGCACUCAGGCCAACAACUUUGCCCGGUCCUUUUACCCUAUGCUGAGGUACACCAAUGGGCCACCCCCAACAUAGAAGGCUCAGCUGGCCGGUGGCACUGCACCACCAGUCCAUUUACUGAUGGUUCCCAGCUCAUGGCCCCAAACCAGUGACUCAGCAUCAGCCAGGACAAGGGCCCUACUGCAGCCACUCCUACCCCUGGGCUGUCCAGAGCGGGCUCUCGGGGGCCCAGGGCAGCUUUCCUAUGACGUUCUUUCCCAGGGCAUGGCACCUGUGCAGCAAUUGCUCCAUGCAUUUUUGGCAUAGCUAGCUGAUUGGUCUAGGGAUCUUUGGAAAGAGCACUUUGUGAAUUCCGAUUGAUCUGUAAAACAUAGUUAAUGCGGUCAAUGAGCAAUGGUGUGCGUCACAUCAGCCCUAUCAAAGAAACGCAGAUUUCGCCUUAGUAAUGGUUCAGAAACUUACACCCAUCCUCAGCUGAUUGAAACAAUCAUGUUUAAGAUGUUUAGAAUCAAUUUUCCGCCAAUCAGCAGCAAUUUGAGCUACAGUUUAUAAACCAAAAUGUUCUGUUUAGUACCUAGGAUGGCUCUUUUAUAUUGCUUUACAUUUUUAAAGAAAUUAUAUUGCAUGGAUGUGGUUAUUUGUGCAUAUUUUUUAACAACGCUGGAUCUGUAUGAAUGAUGUAAACUUUGAUUUUUUUUUAAGAAAUCAGAUUUUAGCUUGAGCUUUUGACUAAUGUACAGUAAAUGCCAAAAUACAAACUUGAUAGGGAUGUUUUUGUAACUUAAUUUUCUAAGACUUUUCACAUUGAAAGUGAUGCUUCAGGUUUUGUUGAACUGUUUGGCCACGGGGAGGUUGGUACAGAAACUUGAAGCUGUUUGUGGUAUGUACAACUCAGAUGUUUCUCAUUAAAAACAAAAUUAGACUUC